AUGUUAGCUGAAAAUUCCAGAGAAUUGGAAAGUCCUUACGAGAAUAAUCUUCUGGAUGAACGUAUUUUAGAAUUAUCAAGUGACAAAUGGACCAUGUAUUUUGAUGGUGUUGUAAAUUUGUCUGGUUCUGGGAUUGGAGCAGUGCUGAUUUCUCCGGCUGGUCAACACUAUCCAGUAGCUGCUAAAUUGGUAUUUCCAUGUACCAAUAACAUCUCGAAGUAUGAGGCUUGUAUUCUUGGUUUACUGUUGGCCAUUGACAUGAAGGUCAGAAAAUUACAAGUCUAUGGUGAUUCUGCGCUCAUUAUCCUUCAAACUGAAGGCUUAUGGCGAACAAGAGAUUCCAAAUUUAUUCCGUACCAUGGGUUCCUUGAAGAAUUGUUGAAGGAAUUUGAAGAAAUAUCAUUUGAGUAUUUGCCGAGAUCCCAGAAUCAGUUUGCUGAUGCUUUGGCCACAUUAUCAUCGAUGUUGCAAGUGAUGAAAGGAUUGGACACCGAGCUAUUGAGAAUUGAGAUUCUUGAACGUCCGGCUUAUUGCAUGACAAUUGCAAACGAACCCGAUGGCAAACCAUGGUAUUACGAUAUCAUGAUUUAUCUUCAGAAAGGAGAAUUUCCUCGAGGAAGUGAAAUGAAACAGGUUGCAAAGUCUUUUAAUCGCAAGGUUCAACCGAGACACUUCGAAGUGGAUGAUCUUGUAUUGAAGAAAAUAUUAUCUGAUGUACCAGAACCGCGUGAGAAGUUCACUCCAAAUUAUGAAGGCCCAUAUGUUGUCAAGAAAGUAUUACCGGGAGGUGCUUUAGUUCUUAUAGAAAUAGAUGGUCGAGAAUUGCCAAAACCUGUAAAUGCCGAUGCAGUGAAAAAGUACUUUCCAUGA